AUGUCCUUUCGCUUUAAUGUCUACUUCAAAGGCUGCAGAGUUGUCUGGGACAACAUUACAUGCUGGGGCCCUGCUAACAUAGGAGAGACCGUCACAAUCGCCUGCCCACAAGUUUUCAGCAACAUUUACAACAAGCCAGGAAACAUAAGCAAAAAUUGUACAAGUGAUGGCUGGUCUGAGAUGUUUCCAGAUUUCAUUAACGCAUGUGGCUAUAAUGACCUUGGGGAUGAAAGCAAGAUCAAGUUCUAUAUUCUGGUGAAGGCUGUUUACACUCUGGGGUACAGUGUCUCUCUGAUUUCCCUAACAACCGGAUGUAUCAUUCUUUGCCUUUUCAGGAAACUGCACUGUACCAGGAACUACAUCCACCUAAACCUGUUCCUCUCUUUCAUCCUGAGAGCCAUCUCAGUGUUGGUCAAGGACGACAUCCUCUACUCUAGCUCCAGCGCGCUGCAUUGUCCUGACCAGAUAUCCUCAUGGGUUGGCUGCAAGCUGAGUUUGGUGUUCUUCCAGUACUGCAUCAUGGCAAACUUCUAUUGGCUCUUAGUGGAAGGACUCUAUCUCCACACCCUCCUUGUGGCUCUCUUCUCCCCAAACAGAUACUUCCUGAUCUAUCUUCUGAUUGGAUGGGGCAUCCCCACUAUCUGUAUAGCGGUAUGGACUAUCACCAGGAUUGUUUUAGAAGACACAGGUUGCUGGGAUACAAAUGACCGCAGUGUUCCCUGGUGGGUUAUACGAAUACCAAUUGUAAUUUCUAUUAUAGUUAACUUUGUGCUUUUUAUUAGUAUAAUAAGAAUUUUACUGCAGAAGUUAACAUCACCAGAUGUCGGCGGCAACGAUCAGUCACAAUAUAAGAGGCUGGCCAAGUCCACACUGCUGCUCAUUCCAUUGUUUGGGGUUCACUAUAUGUUGUUUGCCGUUUUUCUUGUUAGCAUUUCCUCCGAGUAUCAGAUCCUGUUUGAGCUGUGCCUGGGAUCAUUCCAGGGCCUGGUUGUGGCGGUGCUCUACUGUUUUCUGAACAGUGAAGUACAGUGUGAGCUCAAAAGAAAAUGGCGAAGCUUAUGCCCAGGCAAGUCCAUGAGCCGGGAUUACAGACUCCACAGCUCUUCAAUAUCUCGAAAUGGCUCAGAGAGUGCCCUGCACUUCCACCGCAAUUCCCGCACCCAGUCAUUCCUGCAGACUGAGACCUCGGUCAUCUAG